CUACCCUUCCUUCUCGUCGCGACGGCGGCGGAGAGCCGGAGAGAGAGACCUCCCCCGCGAUGGCGUCGCGACUCGUGGCCCGAUCGAGAGACCUAGCGCUCGCCCUCUCCCGCGCGCAGCCUGCCGCCGCCGCCGGAGCCCCCCGCGCGCUCUCCUCCCUCCCCCGCUGCCCCGCUGCCGCCCCGUCCUCUCCCGGCCUCGGCAAGGCUCUGGAAUAUCAGCCAACAUCACAUCUCCAUGGAGCUCAAUUUUUACCUCGUUGGUUUUCAAAUGUUGCAUCUAAUGGAUCUCCCAUGCAGAAGGUGCAGGAGACAUGUAAGUCAGUUGCCGGAAUGGAACACUCUGAUGCACUGAAAGUAAUGGAAGGAACCUCUCCUAAAGUUGUGGCAUUCAGCCCAGUAGAAGCAGCUAUCACUAAACCUAGAAGCAGUCCCUUGACAGUUGAAAGUUCUAAAGUAAAGCGAUCAGAGUUAGCAACGCUAGUGACAUUUUACAUGAUCCCUUCUCUGCUUAUUGCCUCAAAAAAUGGCCUUGCUACCUCUAUUUUAGUUGGCGCGGUAUUCCAUCAAAUAUACAUGUUUCACAAGGAGAUAUUUCUGGAUUAUGUGCACCACGAUAUCACCAGGAAGUGGGUUUUGAUAUACUUCAAGCUGCUUUUGUUGAUCAUGGCAAAGGAAACCAUUGUGUACUUCAACUUUAUCUGAGUUCAUGUUUUGCAGAGGGAUAAUAAAGCACUCGUCCAAUCAUUCAUACACCAGAAAAAAAUGAUGGUGGUGGACAAAGUUCUGUUUCCCAGUUUUCCUGCUGGACAUUUCCAACAUAUUUCCUUCUUAACUAGUUUUGUACAUGCACUUGAAAGAGGAUUGUUUAGAUGAAUCAAUCAGUUAGUUUGACCGCAAUCUUGUUUGUAAUAAUUGUCAGAUAUCAACUUCGUGGUAUUUGCUAGCACAAUGCAGCCAUAUUGAUUUUGUUUUUC